UAAGACUGCCGCGUGAUCAUCUUGGCAGGCCUACGGUACAGUCCCUGUGAAGACUAUUGAUAUGCUACCGACGUGGGUGAGGGUUCAAUGAUACAGGAAACGAGUCUUCACGUCGCCGACAGUGCAUCGCUCAGCGCAAUGCGUUAUUCGACGAGAAGUACCAUGGCAUCAGCCGCGCUACACCAUUCGCAUCAUACGCGCUACCGUACAAGCCCUGAUCUCUCCGUCUUCGUACUCGUUGACGUUGCUGCAAACACUAGUCGUUCCGGAGUCGACAAAGACUCUUUUGGUGAGUCGUGCUUAAUGCCCUCUACGGCUGUCUUCCGAAGCUGGGAUACAGUUGUACUGCGCUGGUGUGGCUUUACGUUCUCUUUUUCGACCAGCGAUAUGUAUCUUGGUCCACACGAGCUACAGGGGACUCCCCGACGCUACGCUGAGUCGUAUUGCCGCCCUCCUGGCCGGUUAGCCAAGGAGCUUCGCUGUAUGGUUGUCAAAAUCAGCCAUAGCUAGUCCGUGGACGCUCCAAAGGCCGAACACGCGAUUUAUUGGUGAUGGCAGCUCAACGACUGCUCCGA